AUGCAAAUCUUUACCAACGAAGAAGAAACAUCUUUAUCAGAUUAUCUUUUAAGGCCCUCAAAACUUCACUAUGGAUUAUCAACCAAAACAACACGAAAACUUGCCUAUGAAUUUGCAAUGACUCUUUCUAAGCGCAUUCCUAAAUCGUGGAAAAGUUUACAAAUUGCUGGGAAACAGUGGCUUCGUGGUUUUAUGUUACUUAGGAAUGAGUUAUCUUUAAGAAAUCCAGAAGCUACUAGUAUGGCACGAGCAACUGCUUUUAAUUGUUAUACAGUCGGAGAAUUUUUCACCAAUCUAAAAGAUGUUUGUCUACGACACAAGUUUCAGCCACAAAACAUAUAUAAUGUUGAUGAGACAGGUCUCACAACUGUUCAAAAACCAGUUAAAGUAAUUGCUAAAAAAGGAGAUAAACAAGUUGGAAGGAUAACUUCAGCAGAAAGAGGGACAUUGGUAACAGUUUGUUUUGCAGUCAAUGCAAUAGGAAACUCAAUCCCUCCAUUUUUUAUUUUUCCAAGAGUUCAUUUCAAAGGAAGUAUGAUAAAUGGUGGUCCACCUGGAUGUGUUGGGGUUGCAAACCCAUCUGGUUGGAUGAAUGUUGCAACGUUUUUAGAGUGGAUGAAACAUUUUAUUCAAAAUGUGAAAUGUUCACCAGCUAAUCCAGUGCUUUUACUUCUUGACAACCACGAGAGCCAUGUUUCAAUUGUGUGUUCAGAUUUAGCUUAA